AUGGACCCAACAAGAGACCCAGAUUUCAAGCCACCAUCUCCUAAUGAACAAUUGCAACCCCCACCGGACCCUAAAUCAACCAUUCCUAAAUCAGUUCCCAUUGUGCCAUUCGUUCCUGCUGAUUUAAAUGAGACUAUCGAUGCUCCUUUCAAUUUAGAGGCUGUUUCUCAUGCUCAUAAGAAUCAAAAUAAAAAAUCAACUAAAAAUAAGAAAAAUAAGAACCACAUCCCAUUGAAUCAGUUUGAUUUUCAACCAUUAUCUACAAAUAUUUCGGAAGAUGAAAUAAUAGAAUCCGGUUCACAGAAUUCAUCACCAAAAACAAACGCUAUUGAUUCAGAGGAUGACACAAAUCAUAAUGAUGAGAAAACCAAGGCGUCACAAAAUACAACUACUACGGAUACUGAUUCAAAUGCUACAACCUUAGAUUACAAUCGAAUGUCGGGAACAAGGGUAAGCUUCUCGACAUUGGGUGUCUUGAAAUCCCAAAUUGCUGACUUAGAAGAAGUUCCGCACGGAAUUGUACGUCAAGCCAGAACUUUAGAAAAUUAUGAAUUCCCAACUCAUCGUUUAUCCAAGAAAUUGCAAGAUCCAAAUAAAUUGCCAUUAGUAAUCGUAGCAUGUGGUUCAUUUUCUCCAAUUACUUAUUUGCAUUUAAGAAUGUUUGAAAUGGCUUUGGAUGCAGUUAUCGAACAAACAAGAUUCGAAAUUGUUGGUGGGUAUUAUUCACCUGUCUCCGAUAAUUAUAAUAAAUCAGGAUUAGCUCCGGCUCAUCAUAGAGUAAGAAUGUGCGAAUUGGCUUGUGAAAGAACUUCGUCUUGGUUAAUGGUUGAUGCUUGGGAAUCUUUACAAGUGAAUUAUACAAGAACUGCUAAGGUAUUAGAUCAUUUCAAUCAUGAAAUUAAUGUGAAAAGAGGUGGUAUUCAAUCUGUUACUGGUGAAAAAAUUGGUUGUAAGAUUAUGUUAUUAGCAGGUGGUGAUUUAAUCGAAUCAAUGGGGGAACCAAAUGUAUGGGCAGACCAAGAUUUACAUCAUAUCUUAGGUAAUUACGGUUGUUUGAUUUUAGAAAGAACAGGUUCUGAUGUUCGUUCCUUCUUAUUAUCUCAUGAUAUCAUGUAUGAGCAUAGAAGAAAUGUAUUAGUAAUCUCUCAAUUGAUUUAUAAUGAUAUUUCUUCUACAAAGAUUAGAUUAUUCUUAAGACGUGGGAUGUCUAUUCAAUAUCUUUUACCUAAUUCUGUUAUUAGAUAUAUUCAAGAGCAUGGAUUGUAUGUCAAUUCUUCAGAACCUGUUAAACAAGUUUUAGAUUCAAAAGACUAA